AUGGUGCUCCUUCUACCAAUUUUACUAUGCUCCACUUUGCUUUCGACCACGGCCUUUGCUAACUCAAAAUGCAAAGCCACACCCAACGAUUCGACAUGGCCAUCUAUCCAGGAUUGGGAAACUUUGAACCAAACUAUUCGAGGUGCCUUGAUCAAAACUGCCCCGGCUCCCUCAUCCUGCUAUGAAGGCAAUCCAUUUAAUUCUUCCACGAAUUGUUCCGAUGUGACCAAAUAUUGGCCAUAUGCCACCUACCAUUCAGCUUGGCCGGAAAGUGUGGACUACUCCAUUUUCACAAACAACUCUUGUUUGCCCCCUGGCGCCGAGGGAUACACGAAAGACCGGGGAUGUAGCAUUGGAGCUUUACCGCAAUACAUUGUGAACGCCACAACUGAUCAACAAGUUGCUACCGCCCUGCGAUGGGCAACGGAGAGAAACAUCAGAAUUGUUGUUAAAGGAACCGGACAUGAUCUGAGUGGCAGGUACUACACCCCAUAUAAUUUUACACUAGCUUUGGUUUUUACUAAUUCUGGAACAAGAUCUACUGGCGCAUAUUCACUUUCGAUCUGGACUCACAACUUCAAGCACGUCGAGCAUCAACCCAAAUGGCUACUGCCCGACGGAAGUGGAACUGCCGACGUAGUAAUUUGCGGGAGCGGCAACACAUGGGGAUCUGUUUACAACGCCGUUCAUGCCAUGAAUCGGUCUGUUGUGGGCGGCGAAGACGCAACCGUUGGUCUCGGAGGACUUAUUCAAAACGGAGGUCACGGUCUUCUAUCUAGUCACUAUGGACUUGCAUCAGACCAGGUAUACCAAGUCACCGUCAUCACAGCAGACGGCCGACGACUUGUGGCCAAUCAUAAACACAAUGUGGAUAUUUUCUGGGCUGUUCGUGGUGCUGGUGGUGGCCAAUUCGGUGUCAUCACUGAAUUUGUUCUGAAGACUCACCCCGUGCCCACAAAUGUGAUUACUGGUGGAUUUUAUUUCUAUCAGGAGUCUUCAUCGAAGAGCGAAAAUAUUUCCUGGGGGGCACUUGCUAAAAUCGCAAGUUUGAUCCCUGACCUCAUGGAUGAUGGCAUGACGGGGACGGUGAUUGCUAUGAGCGGAAGCUCAAUGACAACGCUGACGGGACUGAAUCACAGUUCACCAGGAGUCGCCGCUUCAGUUGGCUUGGUAGGAUUUAAUACAACGACCGAGGCGAUGGAUCGAAAAGUCCAGAAGAUGAUAUCCAGUUUCGCAAAUGUCAGCUCUGAAAAUGUGCUGAAAGUUGUCAAUCAGACAUCUGAAGCAUACGGCUAUUGGGCAUACACUAAGCCAAACUUCCUUUCCAGUGCUUCCUGUGGUUCCUCAAGUCUAAUGAGCAGCCGUCUGCUAGGACGUCGCGAGCUUUCAGACAUUUCGAUGACAGAUCUGGCUAUCUAUCUCCGACAAGCCUCGACUUCGCAGUCUGGAACAGGAUCUAUGCUUCUCUUCGGCUUGCAGGGUGGUCAUGGGCCAGCAAAUACACCCCAGAAGAUGCGUGGAAGCGUUCUACCCGCAUGGCGCAGUGCGUACUUACAUGCCAUGUCUUACGGGGCAUCAUUGAAUGCAACUGCCGACUCACGGGAGCAGCUAGCAUCUGGAGCUCGCUGGUACGAGGCGAAUUUGGAACCCGUUUGGAGGAAUUGGGCACCAAGAACAGGCUCUUACAUGAAUGAGGGUAAUGCAUUCAGCAGUACGUGGAAACAGGACUUUUAUGGAGAGAACUAUGACCAGCUUUUGAAACUCAAAAGAAAGUACGAUCCUUCUGGGAGUUUCUUUGUUUGGAGUGGCGUUGGAAGUGAUAUGUGGGAGUACGACAUUCAUAGUGGUCUGCUUUGCCAGGUUGGUGGAGAUUAG